GAAAAGGAGACGCGAACGAAACGGGGGUGGGAACAGGCGGUGGGAGUGGGUUAUGGGGAUAUAUCCUCCGGGUUACUGUGGGAUUUUAACGGCUAGUGUUUGGAAGCCGUUGGAGAUCUAAUGGGAGAAAUACAACAAGUUUCUCCUGUGAAGAACUUCUUUGCUGGGGGAGUCGGAGGAGCAUGCCUCCUGUUAGCGGGACAUCCCCUGGACACUAUUAAGGUUCGGCUACAGACUCAGCCCAAAGUUGCUUGUGGCCAACAUGUCAUCUACACUGGGACCUUUGACUGCUUCAAAAGGACAGUGGCCAGAGAGGGAAUGCUUGGUCUCUACAAAGGCAUGGCAGCUCCCCUGGCAGGGGUGACUCCAAUGAUGGCGAUCGGCUUUUUCGGGUUUGGUUUGGGGAAGCGACUGCAGCAGCAAGAUCCCAACACCCCUCUCACAUACCCACAGAUCUACGCAGCAGGAAUGUUGGCAGCUCUUUGCACCACUGGCAUAGUGGCACCAGGGGAAAGAAUCAAAUGUCUGCUGCAGGUGCAAUCUAGCUCAGGUGUGCUGAAGUACUCCGGCCCUGUGGACUGUGCUGUGCAGCUCUACAAAGAGCAGGGGAUCCGCAGCAUUUACAAAGGCACUGUGCUCACGCUGAUGAGAGAUGUGCCCUCCUCUGGCGUGUACUUCAUGAGUUAUGAAUGGCUCAAGAACGUCCUGACUCCAGAAGGUCAGAGUGUCAAUGAUUUGAGCACUCCUAGAAUCCUCUUUGCUGGGGGCAUGGCAGGCAUCUUGAACUGGGCAGUGGCAAUACCUGUGGAUGUGCUCAAGUCAAUUUUUCAGACAGCUCCGGAAGGACGAUACUCAGGAUUCGUGGAUGUGCUCCGGGAGUUAUUGAGGGAGGAAGGUCUGAGAUCGCUGUACAAGGGCUUCAGUGCUGUAAUGCUCCGAGCGUUCCCAGCCAAUGCGGCAUGCUUCCUGGGAUUUGAAGUCUCCCUGAAGUUUCUGAACUGGUUGGCCCCAGAAAUGUGAAGGGCAGGAUUGUGUCUUCAUCGACAGCUGUUUCUAUAAUAAUGGAUAAUUGUUUUGCACUUUUACAAAACUGAUAUAAAUUUUAGGCUUUUAACUUAAAAUUGAGCUCAAAAUAUAUACUUUUAGCAAAAACAAAUUUGGCUGAGGUCAACAUUUAUAAAUGUCAAAGCAUCUGACUGGAUAGUGUUUUAACUUUCAAAACUCAUGUUAACAAAUUGUAAGAUAAAGUCUAGACCUGGUUUCCUUUAUCACAACAAGUCUUUUUUGUGCGUGCUUCUAGGCAUACUCUAACUCAAACAUCCAAAAUCCCCAUCUUGAAGUAUGCUGGUAUUGUUAAAAGAAUGACUCCUAAUCAGAGUUUUAUUCAAGUCAAUUGUGUCACAUUCAAGUUAUGUUUCAAGUCAGAACAGUCAAGUCUCAGUUCAAAUCUCGAAUCACUGUGGAGAUGUGUCAUAACCGAGACUCUAGCAUGCAAGACUUGUGUAUCUGUUACAAGAGCGCGCAGCAAAAAUUUAAAAUGUUUUUCAGGGCAUUUUAUUUUCAAAUGGCAAAUUAUUACUUUUCAAAUGCAAUCAAUUAAUAGAACACUUAGCUGGAAUGAAAAGUGAUUGAACAAAUUGGUCAAAAGAAUUGUGAGGCUGACAUUAAGGUUUUUUAUUGUGUUAUCGUUACCUGUAAAAGAUUUAUAACCUUUUUUUCUUUUAAACAAUAUAGUUUCUUUUAAUUAAUGAACUGUAUAGUUUGUGGAUGACUUAGAAUUAUUGACCUGUAUGCUGAAUAAAUAAUUGUGGAAUGUGGUCUAAGUAUACUAAUCUUCAAAUAAAAUGAAGAUAGUAUAACCCUUUAAUAAAUGAGAAAAACAUUUGGCACAA